AUGUGUGGGCCAGAGAAAAGAUCAAGAGGGGAUGGACAUUUGGACUCAGUGAGUUUGUCGACUCCACCCAGAAACGUUCACCACAUCUGGUACCAUACGAGGAAGUUGAUAAUAGAAUCAAAGGAGGCCAAUAAGGAAUCAGCCGCUGAAAAUCUUCGAGCGCUCCAACUAUUCGGCAUUUUCAUUGAGCCUCCUGCACACGAACACGACGAGUAUGCUGAAAAAGAGAUGCGAGCCCGCAGAGACCUUGUGCGUACCUAUCGCGCUGAAGCAACGUAUGCGGUGACCAGUGGCAAAUGGUACUUCGAAUUCGAAAUUCUGACAGCUGGGUUCAUGAAGAUUGGGUGGAUGGACGUUGGAGCUUCGCCAGACAUUCAACUUGGCCAUGAUGAUCGAGGAUAUGCCUUUGAUGGCUACCUCGGGCGCAAAUGGCAUCAAGGUGCAGAAAGUUACGGCAAGGAAUGGAAAAUUGGUGACGUUGUCGGUUGCUUCUUGGAUCUCAACGACCGGACUAUUAGCUUCUCACUCAACGGAGAACUGCUCCUGGACCCAUCCGGUUCCGAGAUGGCAUUUGAUAACGUGCUUUGUGGUGACGGUCUCGUUCCAGCAAUGUCUCUUGGAAGUGGUCAAAGAGGCCGACUGAAUUUCGGACAGCAGAGUAAUUCGCUGAAGUUUUUCACCAGCUGUGGUCUGCAAGAAGGAUAUGAGCCGUUUUGCGUGAACAUGUACCGAAUGAUGCCGAUGUGGUUCGCCAAACAAUUGCCUCGAUUUGAAGAUAUCAGCAGUGGGUCACCGCUGGAAAUUUCUCGUAUACCAGCCACUGGAAACAGCCCACCAUGUCUGAAACUUACACAAAAGGCAACGAUCACUGAAAGCGGCCCAUCUGAGAAAGCAACCAUGGAAUACAUACGACUCUCGCUUCCAGUAAAAUGCAACGAGACGUUCGUCAAGAACAAAGAUCGCGAAGCAUUGCGUAGGACCAUGGCUGAAUAUAAGCCAAGGAGUCUGUCUGUAGUAUCGGGAUUCCGAGCGCCAACUAUUCCACAAGAGUUCCAGGAUCAAGUGAAAGACAGAAAGGUGUGUUUAUAUUUACAUCAUAAUUUUCCAUUAGGAUUUUUGGUGCACUAUGGACGGUACUUGGAAGCGUGGCACACUCCA